AUGUCGUCUACGUCUGGUUGUUCGUUUGUCGUAUCUUUCGACGAUCAAGAGCCUUCAAACAGUGGGAAAAGUCCCCUUGCUGCUAAACGGCUUUCAAGAGCUAAUGAUACUCCCAAAAAGGAUGUCAUUGAGAAAAUGGAGGAAGCGAUUCGGCGUAGGUCUGGUAUUUUGCAGCAAACACGCGAGAAAAACGAGGCUCACAUCCAAAAAAUAAAGUCGGCUGUAGAAGACCUAAAAGCCAGGGAGGACAGUCAAAAGGCAGAGCUGAAAGAAAACGCAGAAAUGCGUCUUGAAAUGGCCGAGAUGCGACGACGUCAAACUAUCGAGGAGAAGGUUGAAAGCGCCAAGAAAACUGUUGACCGUGUUGAGCGCAUUCGUGCUUCCCUCUCCGAGGAGGCUGAGAAGAAAAUGCACGAGAUCGCCCAAGAUAUGGCCAACAAGGAGAACAAUCGUCGGAUGAUCAUCAAGAGUGUUAAGGAGUCCUGCCAGCAUGAGUUUGAGAAGGUUGCUGAGGUGAAGAAUCGUCGUGCUUCGCUUAUCGGUCUUCAGACCCAACAGCAGGAGUAA